AUGACGCAGGGCUCGACGGCGGAGACGUCGGCUGGCGCUGACGCCCCGCGCAGCGUCAUGGACCCGGCGCUGGUCGCAAGUAUCGUCCCGCGCAUCCGGCGCAUUGCGCAGCUGCUGCAAGAGUCGCAGUUUGCCGCCGACCAGGACGCCGAGGCGGAGCGCCCCGAGGCGAUGGACGAGACGGAGCCGAGCGCCGCGCCCGCGCCUGCUGCGAGUCUUGCGCUCGGUGCGAUUGCCGACGACGAGGAUAUGGACGAAUGGACACAGCGCGACAGCCGCGUGGCGACGAGCCGCGUCCCGGCCGCGCUCAUGGCGCAGCUCGCGCACGAGACGAAUGCGCUGCGUGCUGCCUUUGCCGCGUCGCACGCCGCGGUCGACGCGGCGCCCGGCGCGGAUAUGAGCGUGGCGGAGCAAGAGGCACUACUCGAAAAGCUCGGCGCGUACGCCACGCAGCAAGAAUAG